ACUUCAGACUUGGAUAGCAGUUUGAUCUCCUGGGUCUCGAGUAUUCAUAUUCUGAACAACUUCAGCCCAUGAAGACAACUCAGACAACGCGAAACGAGCAAGAAUAGAUAAUAAGUUUGUCCGUAGCCGUUCGGAGUGUUCUUAUAAAAUGAAUUUAGCUGUAUCUAGAAUUGGUUUACAAUUGUCGAAUGUAUCGAAUGUUAGGCAUUUAUCCCACUGUUUAAAGGGGCAUUUAACUAGAUUUGCAACAAAUGGCAACUCGGUGAUAAUAUUGAGAAACAAGUCUACCAGAUCUAACCUGCUAUACGAAAAUCGAAAACAUUGGUUCGUACCUAAAAAAGAAACCAUCGGGGCUUACGGAUGGUUCUUAUUGAGUUUACCUGUCUUCUCGUUUUGUUUGGGAUGCUGGCAAAUUGAAAGGCGCAAAUGGAAGUUGAACCUGAUAAAAGAACUCGAGACUCGAACAACCGCUGUGCCUGUGCCUCUGCCUGAUGACUUCGAAAAAUUACAGACGAUGGAAUACCAACCUGUUACAGUUAGGGGACAAUUUUUACAUGAUCAGGAAUUUAUCAUAGGCCCAAGGAGCUUGAUCAUUGACGGCGCCCCUGCUAGUGGCGAGGGAGGUGGCCUUUUAACUCCGGGUAAUGUUCGCACUGGAUUCAUGGUCAUCACACCAUUCAAAUUGGAGGGCAAGGACGAAACUAUUCUGAUAAAUAGGGGUUGGGUACCAUUGAAAAAGCGAUAUCCUGAAAAGAGACCGAAUGAUAAGGUGAAUGGCGUUGUUGAAAUCACGGGAAUUGUUCGUUUGAAUGAAGCGAGGCCACAAUUUUCUCCUAGGAACAACCCAAAAGAUGGUGCUUGGUAUUACAGAGACCUAAACGCAAUGGCAGAACUCGCAGAUACUGAGCCCAUUUACCUCGACUUAGUUACUAAUUUAGGCACCGAAGAUGGGCCGAUUCCCAAGCAAACACGUGUGACGAUGAGAAAUGAACAUAUGAGCUACGUCUUUACUUGGUUUACGUUAUCGCUGAUGACUGGCCUCAUGUGGCAUAGAAUGUUUAUACGCAAACUACCUCUAAUUUAAGUUCGGUUUACUGUAAUAUUGUGCAAUUUGUACGUAAUUUCAAUCCAUAACAAGUGACAUGGAGUAAGAUAUUGUAAAAAAAAUAUUGGUAGAUCAUUAAAUUAUUAUGAUAAUCCAUCACA